AUGGAAGGUGCCACCCAGCUGCGCGAACCCAGGGAGUUCGCAACCUUCUGGGCAGAAAACCCGAAGGAGUUGACAGCACACCUGAAUCGCUUGGCAGAUGGCGGAGGCGACGUUUCCCGCACGCUCCACGAGCUGCGGCAGGCCAAUGUGCCACUGAACGUCGUGCAUGUCAACGUUGCCAUCAAGGCCGCCCGGAAGAACUGGCAAAAGGCCUUGCAGGUUCUCUCGGAGGUGGCUGGGUGGAGAGUGGACCCAGAUGUCAUCUCCUUCAACUCGGCGAUCAGCGCUUGCCGCAAAGCUUGGCCAAGCGCAGUCGCACUUCUGGAGAGUAUGAGAGCGAACCGAGUGGUGGCGACGGAAGUCAGCUACAGCUCAGCCAUCAACGCUUGCAGCGAUGCCUGGGAAGUGGCAAUAGAGCUGUUGAAGGCAAUGGAGGAGGAGGCAUUGCAGCCGUACGUCGUCGCCUGCGGCGCGGCCAUCAACGCCUGCGCCCGUGCCGGGCAGAGCAUCACCGCUAGGCAGAUCCUCGAGGAGAUGGAGAUGAAGCAGCUGCAGGCCAAUGAGAUCGCCUUCAACUCAGCCAUCUCAGCCUGUGAGAAGGCGGGUGACUGGGAGGAGGCUGUUGUUCUCCUGCUGCGGAUGUACCAGAAGCGCUUGUCCACCGACACGGUGAGCCACAACGCUGUCAUCAGCGCCUUCGAGAAGGCCGGCGAGUGGCAACGAGCUGUGCUGCAGCUGCAGGUGAUGUCCAACGAGAAGGUGACCCCUGAUGCAAUCUCGCACAAUGCCCUGAUUUCCGCGUGCGCCCGUGCUGGGAAGUGGGAAGCGGCUCUGGGCGUCUUUGCGUCAAGGCUCCGCGUUGGCGGCGCUGAUGCUCAUAGCCUCACAGCAGCGCUAAGUGCGCUGGCUGUGGCGGGGCUCUGGGGCCAAGCAUUGGCCCUGCUCGAGGAAGCCGAGCUUGGGUCGCUGUCUCCGAGCUGCGCUGCAUACAACGCUGCGAUGGGCGCUUGCGACGUCGCGGGUCAGUGGCAGCGUGCGCUAUUGCUACUGGCCUCUAUGCCGAGGCAACAGAUUCAAGCCGAUCGCAUCAGCCGGCUGACGGCGGUAAGCACUUGUGGACAGGCCUCACAGUGGCAGCUUGCUCUGGCACUGCAAAGAACAGCCGACGGCGCAUCAAGCGCUGCAGCAGCCGCUUCUGCCUGUGGGAGCGCCAGUCAAUGGACGAGAGCUCUGGCCAUUUUCCAUGCGCUUCCAGAAGCCUCCUUGGACGCGGUUUGCUACGGUGCUGUGAUUCGCGCAUGCGAGGUGCCCCGAAAAUGGGGCUUGGCGGUUGCGCUGGUUGAAGAGAUGCGCAGCAAGGCCAUUCGGGUGAAUGAGAUCUGCAUCAGUGCCGCCGUGGCUGCAUCCCGGGACGCCUGGUGUGCUGCACUCGCUCUUCUCCAGCUGGCACCCAGCGAAGCAGGCUUUGGUGCAGCCAUCCGUGCUUGUCAAGAAUCGACACAAUGGGUGGCCGCCUUAGGCCUGUUUGCAGACUUCCGGAAGGAGAUCGGUCAGGACAGCCUUGCAAUUGCGACGCUCACGAUGUCAUCUUGCGCACAAGCCGACCAGUGGCAGCAGGUUCUGUCGCUUGCGGAGCUUCUUUCUCAAGACGAGGUCGGCUACGAAGCUGCAGAGAUCGGCACGUCGCUGUCGGUGGCGCUGGCAGAGUGCGAACUCAGGCACACUGUGGUUUAG